GCAGAAAUAAAUGUCGUUUCCCCUCCAGCUAGUUUUAUUUUGAAAAGCACAGACAGGAAGUAGUCUGAGGUGUAUUGCUGCUGUUCUGACGUUUGAUCCAGUUGGGAGUUUUGUCAUUUUUCGGGGACAGACAGACAGGAAGUUUUCUUAUUAUUUCUGGAUAAAUCCUCGAAGGUGGUCGAACUAAUCCAGGUUCGCGUCUUCACCUGGAUCAGUCGGUCACCUGAGCGCAGGAUUUCUGUGAUUGAACGGACCUUCACCUGAACGAAAAUCCUAGAAGGAGGAAGAGCAGAUCAGCCUCCUCCUGCAGGGAGCCUUCAUCGCCUUCAUCGCCUUCAUCAUCAUGGCCGGAGCCCUGAGGAUGACUGAAGCUCAGUUCAUGAACGUCUACGACAGUGAACUGCAGAUGAAUUUGAUGCCGUACGACUACAUUCCCCCAGUGGACAUAAAGACUGAACCCUACAUACCUGAGACAGCUCAUGGUCCUUACAUUCAAAUCAUCGAGGAGCCCAAACAGAGGGGCUUUCGUUUCCGUUAUGAGUGUGAGGGUCCGUCCCACGGAGGGCUCCCAGGGGCCUCCAGCGAGAAGAACAGGAGAACCUACCCGACCGUGAAGAUUAAUAACUACGUGGGUAACGCCCGGGUGGAGGUCCAGCUGGUCACCCACUCCGACCCUCCUCGUGUUCACGCUCACAGUCUGGUGGGACGUCACUGCACCGAGAACGGCACCUGCACGCUCGACGUCGGCCCCAACGACCUCAUAGCCUCCUUCAGUAACCUGGGGAUCCUCCACGUGACCAAGAAAGGUGUGGUGGAGGUUUUGAGCCGGAGGCUGAGAGACGAGAGGAAGAGACAGAAAGGAGCUCACUGUCACCUGACAGAUGCAGAGGAGAUCUCCAUCCUGAAGGAGGCCAAGGAGCUGGGGAAGGUGAUGGACCUGAACAUCGUCCGGUUAAAGUUCACCGCCUACCUGCAGGACAGCAACGGAGGGUUCACCAGAGCGCUGAAACCCGUCGUCUCCAACCCCAUCUACGACAGCAAAUCUCCGAACGCCUCCAACCUGAAGAUCUCUCGGAUGGAUAAGACGUGCGGCUCGGUGCUCGGAGGAGACGAGAUCUUCCUGCUCUGUGACAAAGUCCAGAAAGACGACAUUGAGAUCCGUUUCUACGAGGAGGACGACGAGGGAGGCUGGGAGGCGUUCGGUGACUUCUCACCCACAGACGUUCACAAACAGUAUGCCAUCGUGUUCAAAACGCCGCCGUAUCACAGCGCAGAGAUCGAGCGGCCCGUCACCGUCUUCCUGCAGCUGAAGAGGAAAAAGGCCGGCGACAGCAGCGACCCCAAACAGUUCACCUACAUACCACAGGUCCAAGACAAAGAGGAGGUGCUGAGGAAGAAGCAGAAGCCGCUGCCUCACUAUGACCCCUGGAGAGGAGGAGGAAGAGGAGGAGGAGCUGCGGGAUUUGGAGGAGGAGGAGCUGGAGGAGGAGGAGGAGGGUUCCAGUUCAACCAGCAGAUGAAUGGAGCAGGAGGAGCAGGAGGAGGAAUGGGAGGAGUUUUCUUCACAGGCUUCGGCGGAGGGGCAGGGGCUCAGAUGUCAGGCUCCGCCCCUCAGACAGGGGUUACCCAGCAACAGCCAGACGGACAGACGGGAGGACAGACAACAGGACAGACAACAGGACAGACUGGCUCGCCACUACAACAGCAGCUGUAUCAGAUUGCUGCCACCCUCCACAGCAGAGCCUCUCAGAGCGCCAGACAGACCGCUGCUGCCCUGCUGCAGUACUGCAGCACCGGGGACGCCCGGGUCCUUCUGGCAAUCCAGAGACACCUCUGUGGCGUCCAGGACGGCAACGGAGACACUCCUUUGCACCUGGCCAUCAUCCAUCAGCAGACAGGUGUGAUCCAGCAGCUGAUCCACACUCUGCUCAGCAGCCAGCAGCAAAACAUCCUCAACACAGCCAACCACCUCCGACAGACUCCUCUCCACCUGGCGGUGAUCACCCGGCAGGUGAAGGUGGUGGAGGUGUUGCUGAGGGCGGGGGCUGACCCCAGCCUGCUGGACAAAGAUGGCCGCAGUCCCCUCCACCUGGCGGCGCUGGCCGGAGACAACGCCACACUCCGCCCCCUGCUGGCUCACCUGGGGGAACGUCACGCUCACCUGGUCAACACCCCUGACUACCACGGUCUUCAUCCUCUCCACCUGGCGGUGAGGAGGGACGGCGAGCGCUGCCUCCGUCUGCUGGUGGAGGGCGGAGCCAAAAUCAACGCACCUGAGCAGAAGAGUGGAAACACCGUCCUCCACCUGGCCGUCAGAGAGAACCUGUUCAAGGUGGCCUGCACACUCAUCACAGAGUUGAAGGCGGACGUCAACGCGUGCACGUUUGGAGGAAACACAGCUCUCCACCUGGCAGCCAGUCUGGGCUCACCGACGCUCUGCUCCAUGCUCGUCGCUGCAGGCGCUGAUAAGAACGUGGAGAACGACGAGCCGCUCUUCUUCAGCUCCUCUUCAGAAGAAGAGCAGGACGAAGAUGAACCGAUCAGAGAGGAGGUCAAAGAGCGAGGGGCCGCCUCACAGCCAGUCAACCCUCGCAAGAGACCUGCGGGAGGACACACCCCUCUGGACCUCGCUAAAUGCCAAAAGGUGAGGAACCUGUUAAACUCCAGACAGAGUCCGAAGUCGAGUCGUCACAGCAGUAAGAAGAUGAAACCGAGUGAAGAGGUGGAGGCUUCGGGGCUGGACGAGGACACGCUGUCCCGGCUGGUGGAGGUGCUGAGCGUCGGAGACGUUCCCUGGAGGAAACUGGCGGAGAAGCUGGGGAUGAUGACGCUGACUCACCUGUACCUGGACAGUCCAACGCCCUGCCAACACCUGCUGCAGCACUACAAGCUGGGUGGCGGUCCGGUCGAAGGUCUGGUUGAAGCUCUUCAGUCUCUCGGUCUGACAGAAGGAGUCCGACUGCUGAGAAACACCGAGCUACGAGACGACAAACACAGCACAGACGCCACGGUCGACAGCGGCUUCGGCAGCCAGCCAAUGGAAGCUGAGCCGCCUGAGGCCAAUCAGUGACGAGCAGGAAAUAAAAUCCCAUCUUGAGCAGCUUCAGGAGCGUCAUCUCAUCCUGCAUGAACCAGAACUCUGCAGAACUGGACUUUAAUUUGCAGAAUAACCUCCAGCAGAGUCGGACUCUGAUGUUUGUUUACCUGCAGAGGAGACGAGCGCUGCGUUCCAGGUGCACACGGACACCGUAAACAGGAAGUUGUACUUUGGUUUUUAUCAACAUGUUACAACACAGAAGUCACCAAAAAAAAAAAAAAGGCUUUUAAAAAUGAAUUUAAGAACAUUUUGUUAAAGAAAAUACAAACAGCAGGUUUUAAAUGAAUUAUUUCCCCAUGAGGCUUCAUUGAAAUGAAAGUGUUUUGUUCCUUUCUACUUCAUAAAUGUCCUUUUUUAAUUAAUUUAUAUUUUGUUUUUGUGUUCUCUUUAAAUAGAAUUGAUUUCAGUUUAUUUCUGCGCGUUGUGUGUCGUCUAACGGACCAUCUGGAGUCCUCGAAUUUCACCAAACAACACCUUGAAAGUACUUAAAUUCGCCAUCCCAGACAAAGUUGGAAUAUAAGUCUGCUACAGAGAAUUAUUUUUAGGAUUUUUCAACUAUCUGUUGAACAUUUUAUUAUUAAUUCAAGAAAGUGAAAGUGGAUCUGAGACGUGUUUGAGGAUGAACAUUAGACGUAAAUCUGUGUUGUGUUUACAAAGUGUGUGUUGACUUGUUGUUACCUGAAGAGCUGAUCUGCUUCUUCAAUCUUGUGGGAAAGUGAAAUUUCCAAUUUUCUGUCCGAUCUGGAACGCAGCACGUCUCACCUGUCUUUAGUGUGAGCAGUGACAUCAUCAGAGCAGGUUUACAAGAGUUCAAAUGUUACUCACCUGUUAGCAGUUUCUCUGUAUCAGUUCGCGGUGCCUCGUUUAUCUCUCCAGUCAAUGAAAAUGAGACAUUUUAUGGAAGCCCACUGAUGCCAGGAAGAAAAAGAUUUAAAAUGUUAUUAAUGACAAAAAUAAAAAAUACUCAUUGUAAGUAAAAAUGACGUGUGAAGUCAUUAAAUUAUGAGAUAAUUCUGACUCUGUCAGAAUAUUUCAGUCAAAAUUAAGAAAUAGUAAAUCAAACUAUCACCAUUUGGACUUAAGUGAACAAUCUUUAAUUAUAAAGUUUAAAUUUGGGCUUUUUUUUGGGGUCAAAAUUAUUGACAGUAAGUCAAAUUAAAAUGAUAAAAAAAAGUCAAAAUUAUAAGACACUGUCAUGAUUAUCCUUUUUGAAUUUUAUAUUUAUUUUGACUAUUUAACAAUUUUGAUCUGGAGAUACAUUUUUAAUAUUAUGACGAUUUAGACUGUUAAUAACGAGACAUUAAAUCAAAACUAUAGAUCUAAAACCUACAUUUAAUAAUUUUGACUUACCUGGAGUGUUUUUUGUUUUGGAAUAACAAGUUCUACAUUUCUUAAAUGUUCUCUCUCCUGAAACCCAAAGUGUUUUGAACGAAAGAGAAACAGUUAGCGGGCUGUGCAACACGAACACGUUAAGAAUGUGUCGAGUGUUUUAUCGAUGAGGAUUAAUCAUCCUUCUUUCUCCGUUAUUUUCAGAAAAGGCGUUGUGCUUUAUGUAGUAAAGUUUCACUUUCACUUUGUCGAAUCUCCAUUAGAGUCCAGUAGAGGCUGUCUGUGUGUUUACUAAUACUGUGUAUUCAUGUGGUUUCUCUUAUUCAAACAGCCUGGAAAUGAAAUAUUUAAUCAGCAUUUAACGAGACGCAAAUGCUGCACUGUUGAGGUUUCUGAAACUUUGAAUAAAAAUGACUCUCAGACCUCCGA